AUGUCUACCCGCAACGGCCGGCUUCCUCACGAUGGUUUGGACUUGGCGCAGGAGGCCCAAAUCCAGAGAGCCAUUCGCGAUCUUCGACAUUUAACCGAGAACUCACCAGAGACUAUUCCCUGGGCCCAACAAAUCGUCGCUGCAAGGGCAGCGGUGUCGACUUUCGAGAGAACAGGCUUCGUCUACAUGCCCGAGUAUGCUAACGAACAAACCUUCGUCAUCAGUGCAUUGCAGAAGAUAGCAUAUCCCGAGGCCGACAGUACUGGAGUGGCUGACAUCGCAGACUGGUGUAUGGCUCAAUGGCUUGUUCUACUCACGAGAAACCCGAAUGACGUAGACGCCCUCCGAGGUCUCGGCCAGAAUUGGCUCGCGCGGGCGCAGGCCUCCCUCUCACGAAUACAUCGUCAAGAAGGCGGCUCAUCGAGUGGCAGCAGCGGCAGGCCACUCAGCACCAAUGACAGGACCGGAUACACUUCCUCGGAAGAGGCUCGAGAAGCAGACCGUGCCAAUGUCGAAGCUGACGCUCGAGCACAUACGGCAGAUUACGUAGAAGCUCGUGGUAUGCUGAUUCCAGCAGUCGACUUCCUCGCGAGGGCUGUUGAGGUUGCUGAGGUAGAUGGGAGAUUGACUGGCAACUUACUUUCAGAGGCCGCCGAAUCACUUAUGCACCUGGGCAAUGUCACUUACUCUCACAGCAAUGAACAAUACUUCCACAGAGCCGUUCGAUUCUUGCGAAGAGCAGCGCAGAUGCCAGAUUUCCGCCUCUCUCCUUACUUGCAAAGGUGA